AAACUUCCGUCGGAGGCAAAAUAUAAAAAGCCCAUCAGAGAACACUUUGACCUCACAGUUAAGGGUUCAUCGCCGUCAGUGCAGCGGUGAACUUCAAGAGGCUUUGACUUGUCCCUUUUUCCUUUCAAGCCACAGCACGUUUGCAAGAUGUUGAAUUUAGUUCGAUUCUUGGCAAUGGCCUGUUUGAUAUUCAAUGGAGUUCAAGCUGACGCCAUUGAGUCAUCCAUGUCAGCCGAUUCCGAAGUCCAGUCUUUGGCUAGCUCGUUCCGCUUUCUAGGCAUUACCAAGACUAUGGCUACCACAACUACUGUGGCCAGCAUCCACACUGUUUAUGUUCAUCCCACUUGCUUAAUCAAAUUCCCCAACGUUGGGCCUUGCUCCAAUACCCCGCCAACGACGACACCGACACCAACCACGACUACUACCCCCACCACAACCACGACUAAAGCACCCACUACAACCACGCAAAGGACAACAACAACUAAGGCCACAACGACAACCUCAAAGCCUUGGAUUCAAAUUAUUCCAGGCUCUUCACGACCUGUUUUAACUGGAUCGGUCACGAUUAACAAGGUUGACCCACCCAAGGUGCAGGUGAAUUUACCCAACUUUCUCGGUGGGGGCAGCGGAAGCAACAACGGUGGCGGUAGCGGAAGCAGCAGCGGUGGCACUAAUCCAUCAGCAAGCGGUGGGCUAGGUGGCCUGUUCAACAAACCUCCUUUGAACGUUAACGUGGGGGGCAGCGUCUCGGCUUCCAUUUCCACCGGUGGACGUCGUCGCCGUCGUUCUUCCCUGGUGGAGGAAUCUCAUAUUCAACCAUCUGCUGUCAAAAUAAUGGAAAUUACGGCCAGCCCUGAACUUCCUUUAAGCGACUCCAUCGAACAAGAUGUAAUUGUUGAGACUUCCCUUGAUAAUGAGUACCAAGAGUAUGCCAUCGUUGGUCUCGAUGAUGUUUCUGGGCGGGCCUCUAUGCCUUUCUUCGGUAAAAGAAUUACCAUCGUCAAGUUAGAUCGAGUAACAGUCACAGAGGUCACAACUGUUACAACCGCCUACCCGAUUACCAACCCCAAUGACAGGGUCACCGUAGGCUACCUCGGAUGCAUUCCGGCCGAUGCGCCCACUAACUUGCCACUCUGCAACCCUUAAUUAAAAAUUUUUAAUUUAUAUUGUACUAUGUAUGUGCACCGUAUACCUUUUUAAAUAAAUGAUAAAAAAAAUUG